AUGGUCCGCCUUACCGCUCUGCUCUCUCUGGCCGCUGCCGCCCAGAGCGUCCUGGCAACCCCCAUCCGUGCGCGCUCUCCGUACGCCGUCAAGGAAACACACUACGUGCCCCGCCAAUGGUCCAGGGCAGGCCGUGCUCCUGACGACCAUGUGCUCCACCUACACAUUGGUCUGAAGCAGGGCCAAUUCGACGAACUUGAGCGCCACUUGUAUGAAGUGUCCGACCCGGAUCAUGACCGCUAUGGACAGCACUUGAGCGCCGAAGACGUCAACGAGCUGAUCAAGCCAUCCUCCGAAGCUCUCGAGCUUGUGCACGAGUGGCUUGCCGACAGCGGCGUUGACGCUUCGGCACUGAAGUACAGCCCCGCGCAGGACUGGAUCGACGUCACGCUGCCAGUCGCCGCCAUUGAGGAGCUUCUCGAUACCGAAUACAGUGUCUACAAGCACCAGGAUGGAAGCCAGCUUGUGCGCACGUCCAAGUGGUCGCUGCCCCAGCACCUGCACGAGCACAUUGAUGCCAUCCAACCCACCACAUCAUUCAUGCGGACGGGCGCCCGUGCCAGCAACGCCCUGGAACUCGCUCCCUGGGUCUCCUCCAGCUACUCGCCCCGCACCAACUCGACCAUUUCCAAGGUAUGCAGCGUCAGCUCCGUGACGCCCGAGUGCUUCCAGAACCUCUACGGCACCAAGGGCUACGUCGCCUCCACCGGCAAGAGUAAGGUCGGCUUCGCCAACUACCUCGGCGAGAUCCCCAUCCGGCCAGACACGGAAAAAUUCCUGGCCAAGUACCGCCCGGAGGCGCUCGCCGACGCCAGCAGCUUUACCCAAACCUCCAUCGCCGGCGGCCCCGUGCAGGACGGGCCGCUGAACUAUACCCAGGCCGAGGACGGCGUCUCCAAGGAGGCCAACCUGGACGUGCAGGCCGAAGCCGGCAUCGCCGGCGCCGGCAUCCAGAUCGACUCGUGGUCGACGGGCGGCAGCCCGCCCUUCAACCCGGACACAUCGACGCCGACCAACACCAACGAGCCGUACCUCGACUGGCUGAACUACGUCCUCGCCCAGCCCGACCUGCCCCAGGUCAUCAGCACGUCGUACGGCGACAGCGAGCAGACGGUGCCCGAGGCGUACGCCAAGAAGGUGUGCUCGCUGUUCGCCCAGCUGGGCGCGCGCGGCAUCUCGGUGCUCUUCUCCAGCGGUGAUUCGGGCGUGGGUAGCAACGGAACAUGCGUCAGCAACGACGGCAAGAACACGACGAAGUUCAUCCCGGACUUCCCGGCCUCCUGCCCCUACGUCACAACCGUCGGCGCGACCCACGAGUUUGAGCCCGAGGUCGUGGCCUACCGCCCCAGCUACACGGAUUCCGCCGGCAAGGUCCACGGCGUCUACUCCUCCGGCGGCGGCUUCAGCAACUACUUCGCCCGCCCCGCAUACCAGGAGGAGGUCGUGGAGCAGUACAUCAAGAACCUCGACGGCGAGUUCGACGGCUUGUACAACAAGUCCGGCCGCGCCUACCCCGACAUCGCCACCCAGGGCCAGUACUUCGCGUACUUCUGGAACGGCACCGAGGGCGUCAUCUCGGGCACCUCGGCCUCGACCCCGCUGCACGCCGGCAUCCUCGCCCUCGUCAACGACGCCCUCCUCGCCAAGGGCAAGCCCGUCCUCGGCUUCCUGAACCCGUGGCUGUACAAGAAGGGCCACAAGGCGUACACGGACGUCACCGGCGGCAGCGCCGUCGGCUGCUCGAGCGAGGGGUUCCCGGCGACGGAGGGGUGGGAUCCCGUCACGGGCUUCGGCACGCCCGUGUUUGGGAGGCUGGUCGAGGAGGCGAGCUAG